UGAGCGAGUGUUUGGUUCUGCACCCUUGGCCUCUUGCUCCCCUCGCUGAUCCCGCAGAGACAGCGUGCAGCGGGCCUCGUGUGGAUAGGCAGCAUCUGUCGUGCUGGCCAUGCCGCCCCACGGAGCCGACAUCCUCCCACGGGGGCAUCGCUGGCGUCUGGAUUUCUCAACACUACGCAAGCCCCGGGCACGAGCCACCGUGGACGUGGCGGACGCUAACGUCAUUGAGGAUCCGACUGUGGAAGCACCGGGGGCUGUCUCGCUUCCACGACCAACUACGGACCUCGCCACACAGCGCUCCAACGGGCACAUCAUCUUCAUCUCAAGAAGGAAGAGCAUGGAUUUCAGGAAGAGGAAAUUAGUCACUUUGAAGAAAUUGCCAUAGCCAUGGAAGAACUUGAUGCAAAAAGAAGACAAGCUCAUGAUCGAUUGGAAGUGGAAACCAUAAAAGCGAGCCUGCUCAGGCAAAAGCUCCACACCCUUCCAAAUGAAAUCAGCCGGGAAACAGCCGCUGCAGUCUCGGCAGCGCGAGACACGAAUUCAGCAGAGCUCAAAAACCUGCGGCAUGGACUGAGCGCAACCUUGGGAGAAAUUCAGGAGCUGCAAAAGAAACUGGAUUUUUGGGAAAAUGACAAUUCUGCACUGAUGCCUGAAUUGGAAAAAUGGCAAGCACAAAAAGAUGAAAUCAUAUACCGACUCAAUGAACAGAUGUCAGAACGAGCCAACAUGCAGAUCACACUCAAUGACACACAUAAGCAAAUUCAAGAGUCAAGAGAGAUCAUCACUCGACUGGAGGUGGCACGGGAAGACUUGCUGAAGGCCAUGGCUCAAGAAAAAGCCCAGUUUGCACUGAAUAAGGAGGGAAUUCUUAAAGAGAUGGAGAAUGAGAAGCGGCUCGUGGGAGCACAGAGGGAGAUGAAUGCCGAGAAAAGAAAGGAUGUGGAGCAAGUGACUAAGGAGCUGAGUGACCAACAAUGCAGACUUGAUAACCAGUAUCAGCUGCUGAGUCGCGUGCAGGGCUCGCUGUCGCUGCUGGAGGCGGCGCGCGUGCGGGGAACGGCACGGCAGGAGCAGGGGGACCAGCAGGAGCAGGAGCUGCGAAAACGAAGCAAACGCUUAACCGAGGGCUUGACACACGCAUCUCAAACACUCGGCGAAAGAAUUAGCGUCCUCCGUGAAACACAAUCCAAGAUGAAUAAGGCGAUGGCGGACGCUGAAGAGAUGAAGAAGAGUCUGCAAGCGCGGCGCUCCGACACAGAGGCAAGGCUAGCCCAGGCAUGGGAGCUGGAAGCCAAAGAGCUCGCUAAUAAAGAGGACGCAAUUAAACAGUUUCAGGCGUCGAGAUCUUUUAUAGAUGAGAAGACAGAAAUGAUAGCACGACUCCAACGAGAGACGGUGGAUCUGGAGGAAUCCAUGCGAGAGACGCAAGAGCAAAGCAAGGCAGUAAUCAAUUCCUACAACCAGCAGCUUGAAGAGCACAAGGAAUGGCUGGCAAAGGCACGGCAGGAAAGGAUGGCGGUAAUCUCCGAGAAGGAAAGUAUCCAGAUGGAGAUCAGGGAAACGAGAGCAGAAGCAAACAAGUUCAUUCUGCAGCUGAACGGCCAGCUUGAGAAGGAUGCGCAGAAGCAGAGAGAACUCACAGAUGAGUCCAGGCAGCUGCAAACGGAGAUAGCGGAGAAAAUCCAGAUGAUCCCCGGUCUGCAGCAGCACCUGACAGAGGAAAAGAAGAAGUGCCGUCAACUGGAAUGCGAGCUGACGGCCUGCGUCAAACGCAUAGAGGAGGAGUUGGUGCGAGUGACAGAAGUAUGUGAGCAGAAGGAGCAAGAGAUGCAGCAGACAGCCCCAGUUCUGCAACAGCUGCAAGCCGAGCUGCAGGAGGCACAGAAGCUGUACAACGAGAGGAAGCACGAGAUUGCAGCCAUUAAGAGUAAAAGGAGACAGAUGGAAGAAAUGUCACGUCAGAUGCAACAGGAAAUCGAAAACUUCAGCACAUCAAAGGGACAGUUGCAAUCAGAGUUGCAAGAGGCCAGAAGUGAGUUUCUGCAGCAACUCAAAGACCAAGGAGAUGAGCUGCAGGCGCUGGAGAGAAACAUUUAUGAGACAUGUGGGAAACGGGAACAAGUUACGAUGGAAAACUGCCGAUUUAAGCUGUGUAAUGUCAAGUUUUCAGAAGACAUUUCCAAACUUGAAACCGAUGCUGAAAAUCACAAGCAAGCCAUGAAAGACCUUGAGAAAAAUCGUGACACUUUGGAAGCAAACCUCCAAGAAGGCUGGGUGAGAUGUGCCAAGUCUCAGAAGGAAUACGAAGAGGGAGACGAGUGCAUUGUGGAGAGUCUGCUGGAGCUCAUGAAGAGAACCGAGCGACGACAGAUUCACGUUGGGAAAGUGACCUGGGGACUCGAAGACCAAAUGAGUCUCUUUGGUAAAAUUCUGGACCGAACUACAAAAUCCUGCCCGCUGGGAUAGUUUUACUCGUGUGCACUUAUCGCCCUGUACCCUCCGAAAGCAACUUUAAAUUUCCUAGAAAAACAAAUUCACUUUUUUUAAAAUAAUUGCAUGACUUCGAUUUGUUGCAUGCAUCCAUGCAGAUUCUCGUUUAAAAUGCCUAAUUUUGCAAUUUGCACUAGGAAUACCUGACCAACUCUGCUUGAUGGAAGUGAGGAUCAAAAUAGAUACCCUUUCUCAAAUGUGUAUGCAGAUGCCAAGAUGUCCAAAGAAUAUUUAUGGCAGCUUCACAUUUGAAGUCUUCAAAACAUAAAAAUAAUCUUAAAUUAAUACCCAGAUGUUUGCUUUCUAAUAAUGUAACUUGGACAGUCUCCUUCUGCUUUAAUGGAUAUCAAUGGUUUUUACAUGUGUGAUGUUGUAAUCUGUAUGUUCAUAUAAACACUUCCUCUUUUAAGUAAAAUAGUAGAAAUUUUGAACAGCUGUAACACGUUAAUUACUUUAACGGAUCACCUUGCUUUCACAUAUCCCCUGCACAAGUUGCCAUAAACAUGAGAUGGUAAAGGCUUGUUCUUGUUCAUUUUAUUUUACAUCAUGACAUGUUGUACACCUCUACAAUAUUACAAGCAACAAUAAAUAUAAUUACACCAAAAAAGCAUACAUAACUUAUUCUAUUGAGUUCAGGUUUUGCAAGCAAAUAAUAUUUCAACAUUAAUUAAAGAAAUUAUAGCAUCUCCAUUUUAACAUAAAUCACACAGUCUCUCUUUAUGAAGGAUGUACAAAGGGGUUUAAACACAGUUUUUUGUCAGACUAAGCUGCUCACCUUGGUCAUUCUGAGAAAUGCUCAUGCAGGACACAAGAAGAAUCCAAUGCAGGCUGAGCCUGGUAUACCAAAAAUCUUAUCACCUUUCGGUCUAGUCAUUUAAACUAAUUUAAACACUCAGAUUUGCCAAAUGUGCUGGCCCAGAUUUUUCAAAAUCCACGUUCAUUGUGCUGUCCAAUGCAUAACCAUUCCCCCUUCUGUUAACACUGAAUCUCCUAGCUGCCUCUGACAA